AUGAGUUUGGAAAUGAAUUGUGAUGAUUCCAAGAUCAAGACUAUGAAGGACCAGCCUGAUGAGAAGCUAAAUGCAAGGAAAGCUAGAGGUCUUAAUUUUCUUUCCUCUCCAUGGUGGUGUCCUGCUACUGUGACUCUAGGUAUCCUUUGCCUGGGAUUACUGGUGACCAUUAUUGUGCAGAUAAUGCAAUUUUCCCAGGUGUCUGAUCUUCUAAAGCAACAGCAAGCAAACCUUACUCAACAGGAAAAUGCACUGGAGGGGCAGAUGCUGGCCCAACAGCAGGCAGAAGAAGCUUCCCAGGAGUCACAAAAAGAACUCAAGGAAAUGAUAAACAUUCUUACUGAGAAGCUGGAUGAGAAAUCCAAGAAGUACAGGGAACUUCAACGCCAGAACCUGAAUCUCCAAGAAGCUCUGAAGAGAGCAGCAAACUUUUCAGGUCCUUGUCCCCAAAACUGGAUCUGGCACAGAGAAAGCUGUUACAUAUUUUCCUCUAGCGCAUUUAACUGGGCAAAGAGCAGAGAGAACUGCUUGUCUUUGGAUGCCCAGUUGCUGAAAAUUAAUAGCACAGAAGAUCUGGAAUUCAUCCAGAAAGCCAGUGCCCAUUCUGAUUUCGCAUUCUGGAUGGGGCUGUCUCACAGAAAACCCAGCAACUCAUGGUUGUGGGAGGAUGGUUCUCCUUGGAUGUCCCAUUUGUUUAGACUCCAGGGUGCUGUUUCCAAGACAUACUCUUCAGGCACCUGUGCAUAUAUGCAAAGGGGAAUUGUUUAUGCUGACAAUUGCAUUUUAGUUGCAUUCAGUAUAUGUCAGAAGAAGGCGAAUUUAUUGAGAGCACAGUGA